GGCAUCAUCAUUGAACAAAAAAAUCCAAGAGAACACCUUGCCAAUCUACGCAAGGCAAGGCCUAAAUGUAGUCUCUAGCUGCAACUCAUCAAGGGAUAAUUUAGCAACUUCUACAAUUUCGUACUUAUCAAAAUGGAAUUGUUGAAUAGAAAAAUGGGCACUUUCUACAACAAAGUAGAACACUCCUUUUUCAAAAUUAUGUCCAAAAAUUUUUUGGGGGAAAGCCGGACUUAUUGCCACUUAUUUAAUUAAUAGAUUACCUUUUCCUGUUUUGUCAUUAAAAAGUUCAAUGGAAGUUCUCCACUCACACUAUCCACACAUAACUCAUACAAUUAACCUUCCACCUAGAUUUCCUAUCUAUCAUAAAUAAACACACACACAAUAUCCAACUCUUCUCUAACUAUAUUGGUUCAAUUCUAAUGUUGAAAGGAAAGACAAUGUUGAUGGACAUGUUCUAUAGUUCUACUAAAGGAAUUGUAAAACAUCGAAGAAGGUAUCACUUUCAUGUGGCCAUGCUCAGAAUUAAUGAACAUAUGCACAAGAUAUGGAAGAGCCAAAUUGAAGAGAAGCCUUUGCAAUCGGCUGUUGCUGGUUGGAUUAUGAGUCUUCCAUUUGACAUUAAAGCUAAGGAGUGGUUGGCUGCUGAGGAAAGAUACAAGCAAGAGAUGCAAAUAAAGAACAUUCUUCCAGCUGUAGCAGAUAAGUUUUUCCUGGAUGGAGAAGAAAAUGAGAAAGGAGCUAGCAUUUUGUGCUUUGAUGAGAUACAGGUAAAGGAAAAUACAUACAUUUUGUUAUAAUGAAUUGUGAAUUCCUCAUAUUUGUAUCCUAAAUUAUUGUUACCUUGCCACUAUCCAUCAAACCUUGAUUUGAUCACU